GUUCGAGGAACCGAAGCAAACGGAUCCAAUAGAAUUCUUUCAACUGCAUGACGUUUCGGUGAAUAACGAGUUGGACUACUGCCUAUUGGAGGGCGUUCGACUAUUUGACGGUUCUCGUGCGUGUCCAGUCCAGUGUUGUAAGGAAAAUAACAUUGUUUUGGAGAUAACUGCGGUCGGAUUGUUCAGCCACCGUUGAAAAAUGACAUCUCGCCUUGAAAAAGAACGUGCCAAACAGAUUCAAGAAAAAUGUCAAAAUCUUUUGACGCAGAUGCUACGCGACGAGGACAACAAGUAUUGUGUCGACUGCGAUGCGAAAGGACCAAGGUGGGCUAGUUGGAAUUUAGGUAUAUUUUUAUGUAUUCGUUGUGCUGGGAUACAUAGAAAUCUUGGAGUCCAUAUAAGCAAAGUUAAAUCGGUUAACUUAGAUACAUGGACACCAGAACAAGUAGUGAGCUUGCAGCAGAUUGGUAAUUCUCGAGCGAGAGCUAUAUAUGAAGCAAACCUCCCAGACAGUUUUCGAAGACCACAAACAGACUGUAGUCUUGAGAGUUUCAUUCGUGCAAAAUACGAGCAUAAAAAGUACAUAGCUAGAGAGUGGGUACCUCCGCCUUUACCAAAGAUAAAUUGGGAUAAGGAGCUCGACGAAGAAGCCGAAAGACAACGUAGACGAAAAAAGGAGAAUUCAAAAACUACUAAUAAUCAAACUAUACUCCCACCUGUAAAAAAACCGGAAGUUGUGCCUCAGUUGCCAAAACCUAAAAGUUCUGUUAGUCCUAAACCAAAUAGGGCUACCACUGCUGCUACUUUAGACUUAUUGGGUUUAGAUGCUCCAGCAACAAAUCAAUCGAACGUAAACGGUGCUGGAGAUGAUAUAUUUUCUUCCUUCUUGUCUGCGCCUCCGGCUACAGCAGCUACAGCUAAUAGUAGUACAUCUAAUGUAACUACAAACGCGACUACUGUGAGUAAAAGUGAAGAAGAAAGUUUCUUUGAUCAGCCAGCACCAUCGCCUCAAGAAAAAAGUAAAAUGUCUAAAGAUAGUAUUUUGGCCUUAUAUGGUACACCGAGUCAUCAACAAUCAACAAUUUAUGGAGUUCCUGGUGGAGUAUAUCCUCAACAACAAUCGAAUGUUCAAUACAAACAAGUACCAAACAUGGUAGCAUUCGGCCAGCAAAGUAAUUUUCCGAAUCAACAAAGUUCUUUGACUCAACUUAACCAUCUUCCUGCUCAAAUGCCUGUUACAACUAAUCAAUUAACCGUCAAUCAGGCUCAAAUGACGGUAAAUCCGAAUUCAUUAGGAUCUGUUGCAGCAAACUCUAUAGGGAACUGCAUACAAAUAGGCCAGAUGCAUCAAAUGAAUGGUGCACCUAAUCCUGCUAUUACGAUGCAAUCUCAAAUGAUGAUGCAACUAGGACAGUCUAAUGUUAGUAGCAAUAAUGGAUGGAGUGGAAUGUUAACACAAAAUCUUCAGCCAGCUCCUGGUAGCAAUCCUUUUUUCAACUUACCAACACAACAACAGCAACGACAACAAUCUGUUGGCUUUAGUGGUCAGUUACCGCAGCAAAUGUCCCAACUAUCUUUGGGAGGCACUAGUUUCUCAAACACUCCAGGAAAGACAACUACUACUCUUUCCGGACAAACGCUUUCCACCAAUCUGUGGCAGUAAAUGUCUUAAGGAUAUUGUUAGUUGAUUGAUUAUGUUGUUCAGUGUUGUACACUAGUGUCGAACGUUCGUUACCCAACACAAUUAUAUUUCCAUAUUAGUUUGGAAAUUAAUAUGGGAAAUAACAUAACUAAGACACGAAACAAACAAGUACUCGGACGCUGACAUUUUCGAGAGGUAAUUCGUAAAUGUAUACAGCAUUACGAGCCAGAACAUAUUUUUCUUCUAAAGCUUUGCUAGCUUUCAACGUUAUUGUUGGAAAAAAAUGGGAACUACGAAUAAAAACGAAUUUUUAACUGAUUGUAAAGAGUUAUUCGUAAAGUACAGUAUAUGUAUGUACUUGAGAAUGUAAUUAUAUUAUUUGCUAAAAUGGGUGCUUUUGUAACCAUGUAAUUAGCGUAUGUCAGGGUCCACUUUCAUUAUGGCAAAAAAUAUUUCAUUAUACUUAAACAAGUACAAGUAUUUUUAGCUCAGUAUUUUACGAAAUAAUUCAUUUUUACCCCCGAAAUACAAAUGGUAAAACGAAGCACAUAAUAGUUUUUAUAAUUUACUGAAGAUGUCAAAAAUAUUUAUCAUUGAAAGCAAAUGUACUUGAGAUGUCACUUUACGAUUUUAAAGACUAGAAACUUCCUCUAGAAACACGUUAUACCUAAUGUUUGUAUACAAUCAGAAUGUAUAAAAUACGAUAAAAGUUUAGUUGCUGUUUUCUAAGCUAUUGUGUUUGUACUUGAGUAGUGUGUUACUUAGAUUGCUGAAUUUUGACGUUGAUUACGUAUUAAAGGACAUUUUAGAACUUAAUAUUUUCCAACAAGUAUUAUUGUUAUUUUUUAUGAUACUAAAAAUAUUAACAUUUCUUGAUACUACCUUAUAAUGGCAGAGACUUAAUUAUCUAAACACUUGACCAACACUGCUAUACUUUAUAAAUACAUUGCAUUUAAAUAGAACAUUUUAGUUAUAUAACAGUUAUAGAUUAAUUAAAGCUUUCUACAUCAUGAAUUUCUGCGAUUUGUUGCCAUGUAACAGUAUAAAUAUUGAAACUUGAAAAUACGUUCUGAAUACAUCUCAUACGUUCUUACUUAAUUAAAAUUUGUCUCUUUAUAAGUGAUACUGAAUCAUGUUGCCACUAAAUACAGAAUAUAUUGAAAACAUUUUUCACCAUAUUUUUAUAAAUAAUUACCAACAAUCAUGUAAUUUAGGACAUAGCGGUUGA